AUGGAUUAUUCACCAACACCAAACAAGGUCAAACCACAAUAUGCAUUCUUGGAUAAUUCUAUUGAGCUAGGAAGAAGUGCUGCUGCUCCGAGAGCAUUUAGAGGCUCUCCAUUGAAGAAUCAAAAAGAUACUGAAACAUUCCAUCAGAAGCAAAAACAAUUUUACAACAAAUACACAGAUCUAGGUGGGACUCCAGAUAUUUUAAAAGAGAAACAAAGGGCAAGAGCUGGCCAGAAUUAUACAGAUACAACUUCAAGGUUAUUCAAAAAUAUAAGCAAUAAGGUGCCCGUUGAUGAUGUUGUAAAGAUAAAUUCAAAUAUGAUUGAGAAAAUCAUUAGAGAAAAUGAAAAUCUAAAGAAUGAAUUGAAAGAGUCAAGAAGGGAGAUCGAGCUAUUGAAUCAAUUUGCUAAAGGUGCCAAGGAGAAGAUAAUCAAAUAUAAGGAUCAAAAUGAUGUGUUAAUAGCUGAUGUUGAGAAAUUGAAGUGUGAAAACUUGGAAUUGGAGAAAAAAUUAAAACUUUCAACACCUCCAGAGAGUCCAAAGUAUAACUUUGACCCUAAUGAUGUUCAAGAUAUAUUUGGUUCAAAUGAAAAAGCAUCAGAAACACCUAUUGUUGAAGAGAUUAAUAACAACAGUAAUAACACUGGAGUUGCAGCCACAUCAAAAAUUGAAGAGAGAAUAAUAAAUUUAGAAGGUGAAGUUUCCAAAAUUAAUGCCAAUCAAGAUGAGAAAUUCGAAUACAUCAAGAAUGAAAUUGAAUUUUUAAAGAAUUUGUCGUUGCAAAUGAAUGAGAAACCUAAUGAAGAUCCAUCAAAAGAAGGAACAGAGUCUGACAUACCAAAAGAAGAUGACUUGAUUGUUAAAGAAAGUCUGGAGUUGAAACAAUUACAAGAGCAAGUUGACCUUUUCACAAAGAAACUUCAGUUGAGGGAGGAAAACAAACUAAAGAAAUACACAUUGAACAAAGAAUUGGAAAAAUUGGCACAACAAUUACAGCAAGAUGAAGUUCCAAAUAAGGAUGUCCAAGAACCAAUCGUUCAAGAAGAAGUCCAUACCCCUAUUAAUCAAACUUCUCCAUCAAGUUCCACCAAGACGUCGAAGCCAUCAUCCCACAAAAAAACCAGCAGUGUUCGUGAACGAUUAAGUUCGGAAUGCAAAGUUUGUGACAAGGCCCCUGAGACUCCACAGGAAACGACAGCCAAUGACAAUGCCAAACCUGCACGAGAGCAUGUUCCUUCGUUCAAAAUAGGAGACACUGUCUGGUACUAGUGUGCAUCAAAUGAUAGUAUUUUCUCUUGUAUUUGUUGUAGGAAAUAAUCUCACGUGACCAUUCUUCCAGACACGCCAAAAAAGAAAGUUUCCGUUUUGGGCCGUUUUAUUUUUUUUUCUCGUAUUUUUUUUUCCCAGCUCGUUUAGAAAAAAAAUGGAUCGUUUGAUUACAAUUUGAAUUCUUCUUAUAAGUUGAAAGAUUACGUUGUUUUUUUGUACCCAUCGCUGAUUCAUUUCACAAACACGCUCUUUUGACAAACAUGGC